AUGGCCAGUGGUAGGCCUCCUGGGCCGGAUCAUUCCGCUGGUCACGAUGAUGACCUGUUGUUGAGGUCGAGCCCGAGUCCGGGCCCGAUCUAUAACACUGGGCAACCCCCGCCAGUCAGCGACGAACACCUUCCGCAGUUUAUCGACCAGCAUAAUGCGCAACCGCGCCCCUCUAUAUCCAACGAUACUUUCAUUGGUGCCUCAGCACAACAACAUGGCGUGUAUCCCCCGGCGGCUUCGGGAAAUGCGCCCCAGAGCAGAUUCCUUCAAGAAUCGCACAGCGCUGGGUAUCGAUCCGAUUCAAACACCGACCUAGCGUACGGUCAAGAGCCUCUCCACAGAUACGACUCCCACCUUGAUGGAUAUGAUUCUCGAUACGACCAACAAAGUUACCCUGAGGGUGGAAGCUAUUACGACGAUCCAUUCGAACCGCGGAUCCCGAGCGAGAGUCAUGUCCGGAAAGCGAACGAGCGGAACAGUAUCCUGGGGUUAGGUGGCGGAUUGAUGGGAAAAGCGAAAUACAUGUUUGGAAUGGGGCCGCAGUACUCGGAAAUGGAUCUACCAUUAACAGAGGCCGGCGCGAGAAGAGUGACACUUGAUAGCAACGGUGACGCGGCUGCCGCCCCGAAAGCGCGAAAGCAGUUCCGCGCAUCUGAUCUUACAUCCAUCUUUGGACGGCGGAAGGUCGAUCCGGCAAGCCUCGGUCCUCGCAUAAUCCAGGUCAAUAACGCCCCCGCAAACGCCGCACAUAAGUUCGUCAGCAACUACGUGUCAACCGCCAAGUACAACGUCAUUACUUUCAUUCCGAAAUUCCUCUUCGAGCAAUUCUCCAAAUAUGCCAACCUGUUCUUCUUGUUCACCGCCGUCCUUCAACAGAUUCCUUCAGUUUCUCCGACAAACAAAUAUACCACCAUCGUUCCGCUGGCUAUCGUGUUGCUCGUGUCUGCAAUCAAGGAAUUGGUAGAAGACUACAAGCGUCGGAUAUCGGAUAGAGGGUUGAACUACUCGAAAACUCAGGUUCUGAAAGGUUCUUCGUUUCACGAAGCAAAAUGGGUGGAUGUUGCGGUGGGAGACGUGGUUCGAGUCGAGUCUGAGGAACCUUUUCCGGCGGAUUUGGUCCUUCUGGCAUCGUCUGAGCCCGAGGGUCUUUGCUACAUCGAAACGGCGAAUCUGGACGGAGAGACCAACUUGAAGAUCAAGCAGGCUAUCCCUGAGACCGCGCAUCUCGUCAGUCCCAGUGAUCUCAGCCGCGUGAGUGGACGCGUUCGAUCUGAACAACCCAACAGCAGUCUGUACACGUACGAGGCGACAUUGACCAUGAAUGCCGGAGGUGGCGAGAAGGAACUGUCUUUGGCACCCGACCAGUUACUGCUCCGAGGCGCAACACUGCGCAACACACCUUGGAUUCACGCGAUUGUGGUUUUCACUGGCCACGAGACGAAGUUGAUGCGGAACGCAACGGCAACUCCGAUUAAGCGAACUGCCGUGGAGCGAAUGGUCAAUAUUCAGAUUUUGAUGCUUGUUGGCAUUCUCAUUGCGCUCAGUGUCGUGAGCUCCGUUGGUGACCUUGUCAUUCGUCAAACAGCGUCCAACAAGCUUGCGUAUCUCGACUACGGAUCCGUCAAUCCCGUUAAGCAAUUCUUCAUGGACAUCUUCACCUACUGGGUUCUCUACUCCAACCUGGUUCCGAUCUCCCUCUUCGUCACCAUUGAAAUUGUGAAGUACUUCCAAGCAUUCCUCAUCAACUCCGAUCUCGAUAUUUACUAUGACAAAACCGACACGCCCGCCACCUGCCGCACUUCAUCCUUGGUCGAGGAGCUUGGUCAGAUUGAAUACAUUUUCUCUGACAAGACAGGUACAUUGACUUGCAAUAUGAUGGAGUUCAAGCAAUGCUCAAUUGCUGGUAUUCAGUAUGGAGAUGACGUCCCAGAAGACCAACGGGCCACCGCAGAAGACGGUGCCGAGAUGGGCAUUCAUGACUUCAAGACACUUCGCAAGAACCUGGAAUCGCAUCCCUCCCAGGGUGCUAUUCAGCAAUUCCUGACACUAUUGGCAACUUGCCACACUGUGAUUCCUGAAUGGAACGGGGAUGAUCCAAACAACAUCAAGUACCAGGCAGCUUCGCCCGACGAGGGCGCUUUGGUGGAUGGAGCCGCGAUGCUAGGCUAUCGCUUCACCAACCGCAAGCCUAGAUCAGUGAUUUUCACAGCCAAUGGUGUGGAACAAGAGUAUGAGUUGCUGGCCGUGUGCGAGUUCAACUCGACGCGAAAGAGAAUGUCGACCAUCUUUCGCUGCCCAGACGGCAAGGUCCGAAUCUACUGUAAGGGCGCUGACACUGUCAUCCUUGAGCGGUUGCACCCAGACAACCCGACCGUCGAGGCCACUCUUCAGCACCUUGAAGAAUAUGCUUCAGACGGUCUUCGGACGCUGUGUCUUGCCAUGCGUGAGAUUCCAGAGGAUGAAUAUCAACAAUGGUACCAUAUUUUCGACAAGGCUAACACUACUGUCGGCGGUAAUCGUGCCGAUGAGCUGGACAAGGCUGCCGAGUUGAUCGAGAAGGAUUUGUAUCUACUAGGUGCCACUGCCAUUGAGGAUCGACUUCAAGAUGGCGUUCCGGAUACCAUCCAUACGCUCCAGACUGCUGGAAUCAAAAUUUGGGUUCUGACCGGUGACCGACAAGAGACUGCGAUUAACAUUGGCAUGUCUUGCAAGCUUAUCUCGGAGGACAUGACCCUUCUCAUUAUUAAUGAGGACAAUGCUGCAGCGACGCGCUCCAAUCUCCAACAAAAAUUGGACGCGGUCAAAAGUCAAGCUGCCUCUGGCGAUAUUGAACCCUUGGCUCUGAUCAUCGAUGGGAGGUCUUUGACCUUCGCUUUGGAGAAGGACAUGGAGAAGCUGCUCCUUGACCUUGCUGUCCAGUGCAAGGCUGUGAUCUGUUGUCGUGUGUCUCCCCUCCAGAAAGCUUUGGUCGUCAAGCUUGUCAAGCGCCAUCUGAAGUCCUUGCUUCUGGCUAUCGGCGAUGGUGCCAACGAUGUGUCUAUGAUUCAAGCAGCACAUGUUGGUGUCGGUAUCAGUGGUGUUGAAGGUCUCCAGGCAGCUCGAUCCGCCGAUGUUGCGAUCGGUCAAUUCCGUUUUCUCCGAAAACUGCUUCUGGUUCACGGUGCCUGGAGUUAUUCUCGCAUCAGUCGGGUCAUUCUGUAUUCGUUCUAUAAGAACAUCACCCUGUAUAUGACGCAAUUUUGGUAUUCCUUUCAAAACGCCUUCUCUGGAGAGGUUAUUUACGAAUCUUGGACUCUCUCCUUCUACAACGUCCUUUUCACGGUCUUGCCUCCAUUCGCCAUUGGAAUUUUCGAUCAGUACGUCUCCGCCCGGUUGUUGGACCGAUAUCCCCAGCUAUACCAGCUGGGCCAGAAGGGCGUGUUUUUCAAGAUGCAUAGCUUUUGGUCCUGGGUUCUGAACGGCUUCUUCCACUCUCUGCUCCUCUAUAUCGUCUCCGAGCUGAUCUUCUUCUGGGAUCUACCUCUCGCGAAUGGCCAGGUUGCCGGUCAUUGGGUUUGGGGUGAGGCACUUUACACUGCCGUUCUUGCCACCGUUCUCGGCAAGGCUUCUCUGAUCUCCAACACCUGGACCAAAUACCACUUCAUCGCGAUUCCUGGAUCCAUGCUGCUUUGGCUAGCCUUCCUCCCUGCAUACGGCUUUGCUGCCCCAGCCAUCGGAUUCUCAAACGAAUACUACGGCACCAUCCCCGUCCUCUUCAAAACCCCCGCUUUCUACCUUAUGGCCAUCGUCUUGCCCUGCGUCUGCCUCAUGCGUGAUUUUGCCUGGAAGUACGCCAAGCGCAUGUACUAUCCCCAGCAUUACCACCACGUCCAGGAGAUCCAGAAAUACAACGUUCAGGACUACCGUCCUCGCAUGGAGCAAUUCCAGAAAGCCAUCCGCAAGGUCCGCCAAGUACAGCGCAUGCGCAAGCAACGCGGCUACGCUUUCUCCCAAGCCGACGACGGUGGUCAAAUGCGUGUCUUGAAUGCUUACGACACAACCCAGGGUCGUGGACGAUACGGAGAAAUGGCGAGUUCCAGGAAUCCGGGAUUAUGA